GCUCUGCUGCGCGUUGGGCGGCCCGUGCGGGUUUCCUUUCCCUUUCCUGCCUUCCUUCCUUCCUCCAUGGCGGGCGAAGAAGGAGGCAGCUCGGGCUCGUCCCCGGCCGCCCAGCCCAGUCCCGGGGGCGCGGCGGGGGGAGAAGGCGGCGGAGGGAGCAGCGGCUACGACGGCAAGUGCGUCUUCUGCCGGAUCAGCCACGGGGAGGAGGGCGGCACCGAGCUCCUGCCCUGCGAGCAUGAAGACUUGGUGUGCUUUAGAGACAUCAGACCUGGAGCUCCGCACCAUUAUUUAGUGGUGCCAAAAAACCACAUAGGAAAUUGCAAGACUCUAAAGAGCGAACAUAUACCAUUAGUGGAAAGAAUGAUGGCAGCUGGAAAGGCUAUCCUUCAACGGAACAAAUUUACUGACUUGAAUGAUAUAAGGAUGGGUUUCCACUGGCCUCCAUUCUGCUCAAUAGCCCACUUGCAUCUUCAUGUGCUGGCUCCAGCUAGUCAGUUGGGAUUCUUGUCUCGUAUGAUAUACAGAAUCAAUUCCUACUGGUUUAUCACAGCCGAGCAACUGAUGGAACGGCUGACUACCGAGGGUGCUACAAGUUGAAAAAAGCUUGCCCUAGGAUCAGAUGUGUUUGUGACUAAUGAAUAGUACAAGAUUGGAUGUAAUUGGUGUCAAAGCAAACGUUUUGAAAACGAGUACUGAAUUUGCUGCUAGACAGUGGUUGAACUCAUUGUUAAUUCAAUUCCAUAUACUAAAUUUCUCAGGCAAAUAUUUGAAUGCAAGAACUUAGCACUUUCCAGAGCUUCCAGAUCAAAAAGUGAAAAGUACCUAUUCUCUUUCAAAAGCAGGUAUUAAUACAUCUUGUAAAUAAUGAUAGUAAGGUUUCAUAUCUGGGUCUGAGUGUCUAAAUUAUGCAAGGUUUUGUGCCUCUUAUGUUCUUUGGCAUUACAAAGCUGGGGCAGUUGUGAUGUCUUGGUGCUAAAUCAGUUCUCACUCAAACGUAUUUAGCUGUACAACACAACAAGUGCAGUUAACAACAACCCAUUGUGCCCACAAUAUGACUGAAACCUGUACUUCUAAUUGGAGGCAUUACAUGUUUGUCAGUGUAGAUCAAAACUGUUUGUGAAUGUGAACUGUGUAAGUAAAGUUGAUAAUUAAAUGCAUGUACUUAAGACUACAUAUGUGAAUUGAAGUAAAUAGAUAAUUUUUGGGUGAACAGCCUCUAAAGAUAGAUGAACAGUUUAUAAAAGGUGUUAAUGGUUGAACUAAUAUUCACCUAAACAUUAAUAGAAAGUUUAAGCAUUUUUGCUGUGGAAAUUUGUCGUACAAGAAGAUCUCGAGUUAUUAAAUCUUAGCAACACCCACAAAUGAAAACCAAGAAUGUCAAAAAUUGGGAAUGUUUUGAGAGUCUGCAUGAAUAUAUACACUGCAUCUUUAAUUAUCUGCUAUUUUCUCAGUAUAUUGUUAUGCAGGCAUCUCAAAUUCAUCUAGGUUUUAUAAGGAAAAGUGAAAUAUAGCACACAGUUAUUUAGACUGUGUUUUUCACCAUACAUUUCAUACUUUUCAGUUUAUACGAUUGUAGUAAUGUGAGGUUUUGUUCUUGUCUGUAAGGCAUUAAGAGUUUAAAUUAAUUUAUUGUAGAUUUAGCAUGUGUUUAUUUUGAUACUUGAGCCUGGACUCUUGACUGUUGUGAGGGUGGGCAAGGUAACCGACCAUGUUGAAAUGUUAAAUUAAAUGUGUUACAGUAUGUAAAGUGUUCAUUGCAGUUGUGAGUUAAUGAAAUGAAACUGGAAAUGUAAUAGCCAGAUCAAUAGUGUCAUGAAAAUGAAAACUUGAAUAAACAAUAGUUUGUUCUAAA